CUUUCAUUCAUUGUUCGUUUGUUCGCCCGAGAUGAGCCGUCGCCGCGUUCUGUGGGCGCCGCCGUCGUCGCUGUCGUCCGCCGCGCCGUCCCAUUUUAUUGUCGCGCACACUGACAUUCGCCUGUACGAGGUCUCGGACGUGACGCGGCCGACGUCGAGCUCGAUCUCGGCGCGCUCCGUUUCCGCCCUUCAGCAGCAGCAGCAGCCGCAGCAGUCGCAGCAGUCGCAGAUCUCGCUCGUCGGGGUCAACUCGGACUUCCCGCUCAUGCGCUGCGCUGCGUGGUGUGAGAGUCCCGAUGCGCGCGGCCUGCUCGCGGUCGGCCAGAUGAACGGUCACGUCGGAUUUGCAACGCUGUCCACUGAGACGGAUGCUCCGCGGCUGUCUGGAUUUCGUGAUUUCGAGGCGCGCUAUGAUCGCGCGUGCAAUGCUGUCGCUUGGAAUCCCGUCUACACGACCCAGCUGGCGGCGGGUCUCGACCGAGGCCGCACAGAUUACUCGCUGCGUGUGUGGGACGUUGCAUCCAUGAUUGCUGCGGCCGCUGUCACGACUUCUGCAUCUGCACUCAAUCCAGCGGCAACUUACGUCGGUGCGAAUCGCUCCGGUCUCCCUUCGUCAGGAUCCACGACCAAGUCGACCGCUGCGACUAUUGCGGCUCGCGCCGUAGAGAAGCCUCUUGCCGAGACGUGCAACAACGAUGCUGUCCAGUCGCUCGCAUGGAUGGCCACGAGUCCUUCGUGUCUGCUUGUUGGUGGCGGUAGCAAAUGGCUGCGUAUUUAUGAUUUCCGAGCGGAUGUCUCGGGCCGCCUGCUCACAACCUCAACAAAGGCCGUGCUUGGAGUAGCCGUGAAUCCGUUCAAUGCAUUCCAGUUUGCCUCGUUCUCUCCUGAGGGUGCUGUGAAGGUGUGGGACAGCCGCCGGUUUACGGACGCCGUGCUCUCCCUCAAUGUCGAGCCAAAGAACAUUAGCGACUUGCUAUGGUGCCCGACACGCUCCGGGCUGCUCUCGUCUGUGAGCGCGAGCUCGUCGGAGGUGUUGCUCUGGGACAUCAAGUCCGUCGGCUCCAACGUUGCACUCGCGCUCUCCAACUCGUCUGCGCUUGCCGAGGCAACCGCCUUCUUUGGGGCUGCGACAGCAGAGGCGACCUCAGACUCGUUUUCGGCCGUCACUGUUGCCAAAGCGUGGCGUUUCCAAAACAACACUGCUCCGCUCGCCAGCUUUGCCUGGCACCCGACACAACCCAACAGCCUUCUCACCGUAUCCGACAAUGCCAAUGCCGCCCUCGAGUACAACCGUGUCACCGAGGCAGUGUCGCUUGCCUGGUCACCUCAAGGACCCAUCACCUGGGGGAAUGAAACAUCCGUGUAUCAGGCAGAUUCUUCUUCUGAACCCAAAAGCAACUCGGCGUACACAACGGACGCCUCGUUUGCGAUUCGUUCGCGAGCCAUUGCAGGAUAUGGCGUGGAUAUUCUUACCAACCUCGAGUUGCUGUCGCCAACCGACCCGCUUUUGCCCGUCUGGUCGUGGAUGCAUCACGUCAGUAUGUUGUCCAAGAAAGGAAAGGCCCAGGUUGGCAAGCUCGAUUUCAGCUUGCAAGGCGUGAAGGCCGUGAUGGCUGCCGAGAGCAAGCUUUUUGCUGCCGCUUCCAGCGCACAGGGAGCCAAUUCGACAACAAUUGCAGCCACUCACGACAUGAAUUUGAGUUUCCAAGUCUACCAUAGCGCCCAACGAAAACUUGCGCUGAAAAUUUGCGACUGGGGCUUUGAGCGUGACCGCGACACCCUGGAAAACGCCCUGCGCAAGCUCGAAGGAGAGGAUGAGCACGAGCGUGCGUCCGCGAUCGCGCUCUUCCAUCUUGACAUCCGUCGAGCCAUCCAAUCGCUCAACGCGGGCGCUCAGCGACCCGGUGCUGACUCGAACUUGACAUUGGUUGCAAUGGCGCUGGCUGGUUAUGCCGAAAAGAACGCCUUGUGGAAGGAGAUGUGUGGUCACCUCCGCAGCAGGCUGCAGCACCCGUAUCUGCGUGCAGCGUUUGCAUUUUUGACCGCCGAGCCCGCUGAGUUUUCCGAAGUUCUUGAGGAGCGCGGCGUAUCCCUCGCCGAUCGCGUUGGCUUUGCGUGCCGAUUCCUCAACGAUUCUCAGCUGACACAAUUCGCAACUCGGCUGACCGCACAAGUUACCAAGGAGGGAAAUCUCGACGGUUUGGUGCUGACUGGCCUGACCGGCGAAGGCAUCGACCUUCUCGAGCAGUAUGUGAACAUGACGGGCGACGUGCAAACGGCUUGUUUGCUGAUGGUCCGCAAGAAGACCACUGAUGCUCGCGCUCGGCAGUGGACUGAAAGCUACCGAGAUCUGCUCGAUAUGUGGCAGCUCUGGCAUGAACGAGCCUUGUUUGAUGUCGCGCGCCGUUUGUUUGACGACAGCAACAAGCCUCCUCAGCAGGUCUUUGUGCGCUGCAACAUGUGCAACAUUUCUGUGUCCCGAAGCAUGUUGACAGUUGGUCCUUCCCGCGAUCGUCCCGGUGCUGGCGGAUCGGGCAUGCACGGUGUCACCACUGGCAUGACUGCUGGUCCUCCGUCCAAACCCAAGGUCACAAGCUGCCCUAGUUGUCGAAAAGCACUUCCUCGAUGUGCAUUGUGUUUAAUUCCGCUGGGAACUAGCUCUGCAGCUCCCAGUGUCAGCGAUGACACUGAGUUUGAGAGCAAGAAAAAGGGCGGCGCCUUUGACCAAUGGUUUACUUGGUGCCAAACCUGCCGCCAUGGGGGUCAUGCCAACCACCUGCUCGAAUGGUUUGAAACCCACAAUUCGUGUCCCGUCACAGGCUGCGAAUGCCAUUGCCAAUCACUCGACCGAUCUAUUGCCCUUGAGCGAGCGGAACUCCAAGCCACAUAAUAUGUUGAACAACCGACGGCGUGAAUGGUCUUUUUUUUUUUUCCUUCCUUUUUGUCUCGGUUUGAUUUUGUGUGAGGGGUGGUUUUGUGUGAGCGUUUCCAAAACAAAACAAAAAACUUUUUAUGGAACAACCG